AUGACAAGUGCGGAAGAUAGAGAGCUUGGGCUUGAAAAAAAGAUACACAAAGCUGCACUUCUUGAGACAGUCGAUGUUUUGAACAAAGUUGCUGAUAAGAGAGAUAAAGGUGGGAGGAAGAAAGCUUAUAUAAAGUCUGAGGAAAAGGAGAAUAAAAGCAAAAAAGAUGUUCAGAGAAAAGCCGACAGGCACGGAAUAAAGCCGAGCAAACAGAAAAGAAAUGCAAUGAAGAAAUGCGGCCAAACAACAGACGAGAAAGAGGACAAAGAUUUGAAGAAGUGCCCGAUGAAGAUGACAAGGAAGGAAAGAAGAUUGGAAAAGUUGAAGAACAAAGGAAAGGGGCCGUCUUCAAAAGAAUAUUAUGAGAAGUUUAUCAAGAAAUACAAAGACAAGUCUCCAGAGAAAAAGGUUUCUAAGGAUAUCCUUCCUUCGAAACGCAAGGAGGACUUUCCUAAAGACGAUGACAGCAAGAGAAAGAAGACACCUUUCUCUCAAAAAAAGAAAAGAUAG